AAGCUUCCAUCUACCGUUAUGUCGCGGAACAGGUUCGAGAUAUUACUCAGUAAUCUCCAUUUCACCGAAAACACGUCCAUAUCCCCUAAAGAUCGGCAAGGAAAAAUAAUAAAUUUGAUGGAUAAACUACAAGAAAAGUAUCAGAAAGUGUACACACCAGGAGAAAACAUCGUUAUUGACGAAACAUUGAUUCCAUGGCGUGGCAGACUCAUCUUUAGACAAUACAUUCCAAGUAAAGCGCAUAAAUACGGAAUUAAAAUGUUUAAGUUAUGUUCAAGCGAAGGAUUCACAUGGGCUUAUAAAAUUUACUCUGGAAAGUCUUCGGAGGCCAUCCGUCAAGAUGCCAAUGGGAAAAAAAUGCAACGCGCAUGCAAACGAUGCUACAACAAUGACAGGCAAAGCAUGGGCCGAUCAAAGGCACGUGAAACUGUGAAAAGAUCGUUUACGUAUUGUCCAAGCUGUCCCGAUCAACCUCAACUUUGUGAUGAGUGUUUUAAGAUUGUGCAUCAAAAGUAAAGGAUGAAUAAAUGAACUCCAAGAUCUUAUAAUUAUUG